UCACCCUAGAGAAAGAAUGCUGGCAAAGAUCUCUAUCACAUGGAAACUGUUCUUAAAGCUGCUGGGCCCUGAAAUUUUACUCAGCAGUUUGAAAUCAAGCCAUAGCUUUUCUCAUUCACCCUCCCACUUGGGGCUAAUGCACAGACAUGAACAUCUAUUGAGGAAAACCACAAAAAACUUCAAAACAGCUACAACGGGAAAAAGAGAGUUUUGUCCCACAGUCAGCAGGCCACUAGUUUAUUAACUUCCAGUCACCUUGAUUUUUGCUAAAAUGAAGACUCUGCAGUCUACACUUCUCCUGUUACUGUUUGUGCCUCUGAUAAAGCCAGCACCACCAACUCAGCAGGACUCACGCAUUAUCUAUGAUUAUGGAACAGAUAAUUUUGAAGAAUCCAUAUUUAGCCAAGAUUAUGAGGAUAAAUACCUGGAUGGAAAAAAUAUUAAGGAAAAAGAAACUGUGAUAAUACCCAAUGAGAAAAGUCAAUUACAAAAAGAUGAGGCAAUAACACCAUUACCUCCCAGGAAAGAAAAUGAUGAAAUGCCCACGUGUCUGCUGUGUGUUUGUUUAAGUGGCUCUGUAUACUGUGAAGAAGUUGACAUUGAUACUGUACCACCCUUGCCAAAGGAAUCAGCCUAUCUUUACGCACGAUUCAACAAAAUUAAAAAGCUGACUGCCAAAGAUUUUGCAGACAUACCUAACUUAAGAAGACUCGAUUUUACGGGAAAUUUGAUAGAAGAUAUAGAAGACGGUACUUUUUCAAAACUUUCUCUGUUAGAAGAACUUUCACUUGCUGAAAAUCAACUACUAAAACUUCCAGUUCUUCCUCCCAAACUCACUUUAUUUAAUGCAAAAUACAACAAAAUCAAGAGUAGGGGAAUCAAAGCAAAUGCAUUCAAAAAACUGAAUAACCUCACUUUCCUCUACUUGGACCAUAAUGCCCUGGAAUCCGUGCCUCUUAAUUUACCAGAAAGUCUACGUGUAAUUCACCUUCAGUUUAACAACAUAGCUUCAAUUACAGAUGACACAUUCUGCAAGGCUAAUGACACCAGUUACAUCCGGGACCGCAUUGAAGAGAUACGCCUGGAGGGCAAUCCAGUUGUCCUGGGAAAGCAUCCAAACAGUUUCAUUUGCUUAAAAAGAUUACCAAUAGGGUCAUACUUUUAACCUCUAUCAGUACAACAUAUAAACUAAAGUACACAUACAUUUAUAGUCUGUCUCAACAAUGUGUAAAGGAACUUAAGUAUUGGUUUAAUAUUAACUUUGUAUCCCAUUUAGAAGGAAUUUGAUAUUUUAAGCAAGGAUGUUAAAACUCUUACAUAUAAGUAAAAAGUAAGACUGAAUGUCUAUGUUCAAAACAAAGUAAUAUGAAAAUAUUUAAACAGCAUUACAAAAUCCUAGUUUAUACUAGACUACCAUUUAAAAAUCAUGUUUUUAUAUAAAUGCCCAAAUUUGAGAUGCAUUAUUCCUAUUACUAAUGAUGUAAGUAAGAGGAUAAAUCCAAGAAACUUUCAACUCUUUGCCUUUCCUGGCCUUUACUGGAUCCCAAAAGCAUUUAAGGUACGUGUUCCAGAAACUCUGAAAAGCUAAAUGUUUCCCAUGAUCACUCAUUCUUCUUUUAUGAUUCAUACAUUAUUCCUUAUAAAGUAAGAACUCUGUUUUCCUCCUAUCAAGGCAGCUAUUUUAUUAAAUUUUCACUUAGUCUGAGAAAUAGGGGAUAGUCUCAUAUUUAGGAAAACUUUCCAAAUAAAAUAAACGUUAUUCUCUGAUAAAAAGCUAAUACAGAAAUGUUCAAGUUAUUUUACUUUCUGGUCACACAGUUAAUGUCUUCAGUAAAAUAUUUUCUCUAUCUAAAUAUUAACAUUCUAAGUCUACCAAAAAAAAAGUUUUAAAGUCAAGCAGGCCAAAACCAAUAUGCUUAUAAGAAAUAAUGAAAAGUUCAUCCAUUUCCGAGAGGGUAACCAUAAAGUUCUCUAUGGCAAAGUCUUUCAAAUAUGAGAUAACUGCAAAAUAUUUUCCUUUUAUACUAUAGAAAUGAGAAUCUCAUCAAUAAAUUAGUUCAAACAUAAGAUGAAAACAGAACAUUCUGUGGUGCUAGUGCACACUACCUUCCCACCCAUACACAUCCACGUUCACUGUAACAAAGUGAAUAUUCACAAUAAAGCUUCUGAGUAACUUUCUGAUUACUCAUGAUAAACUGAUUACUCAUGAUAAACCUAGGUCAGAUAAACUGAUAUGACUAACUGCAAGAGUCAAGUAUUCUAUCGGAGAGUAAUAGUUUAUGAUGACUCAGUGCUGCCAGAGUAAAGUUUCUAAAAUAACAUUCCUCUCGCUUGUUCCCCACUAAAAGUAUUAGUCUACACAUUGCACUGAAGUUAAACGCAAAAUUAUCAGUGUUUUAGAAAUAUGAGUCUGGACUGUGUAAAUAAAAGUACAAACAUUAUUUCCAUCAUAAAGUAAGUAUUGAAAUCAAGUUGUCUCUGUGUGCUAUUCCCAGAAUACAUACUUAUUCCUAUUUUUAAGCAUUUGCUUCUGGUUUUUUUCCCUACCUAGAAUGUCAGAUGUUUUUCUAUUAUCUCCCCAUUUGUCAGUUCACCUGAAGAUAACAUUUUUCAUUAAAGCAUCUGAGAUCUAAGACUACAAUUAUUAUUCUAACAAUGAUUAUUAGCUUGUUCACUUAUUUUGAUAACUAAUGAUCAUAACUAUUAUACUACUUUCUCAUUAUUUUGUGUGCAUGCCUCAUUUCCCUGUGACUUAAACCUCACUGAGAGCGCAAAAUGCAGCUUCAUACUUUAUACUUUCAAUUGCCUAGCCCGAUAGUGAGCACAUUUGAAUUGAAUAUACAAUAAAUAUUGCAAAAUAAAAUCCAUCUAAAUA